UAGCCUAGUUCAGGAAAUUUGUAUUUUACAAUUUGGGUCUCUUAUAUUGCAGUGUGUUGAUAUUUAAACCUUAAACAUGUCUCGGCAAGGAACAUAUUCAUAUGUGGAAGCAUUUAUUCAAAAAACUAUUCCUAAAAUAAAAGAGCGAGAUUUGAAAACUUUGAAAUCAUCUUUGAGAAACAAGCCUAUUAUGUUGGUAGGAGAACAAAAGAGAGCUAAAAAGAGAAAACGUGAAAAACAGAAUAAGAGAAGAAUAAAGAAUCGCAUAUUGGCGAAACCUACAAAUUCAAACUAUCAAGAUUAUGAAAAACUGCGUAUUUUAUGGAUGGAAUACAUCACAGAUUUACUCUCGGAUUAUCAGACAUUAAAACCAGGAGAAACCAAACCAUCUUUGGAUAACAAAAACGCACAGGAAGUUUUGUUGAAAGCAGAUUAUCAUGGAGCAGAUCUGUCUGUGACAGGUUCACCUUGUAAAUCUCAUUUGGGUUUGAGUGGAACAGUCCUUCAGGAAACAAAAAACAUAUUUUUGAUCUGCACCAAGGAGAACAAAUUAGUGAGAAUUCCCAAGAACAAGACUAUAUUCACAUUGGAAUAUUCUGGAUAUCUUAUAACAAUAUUCGGAUCACAAUUUUGCUUCAAGCCAUCUCAUAGACUCAUGAAAAGAUUCACAAAAAAUCCACGCUUAAAAGAACUUCUGCGAUGAUUUAACUUUUUUUUGCAAUGCAGUUAAACUAAAAUUGUUAAAGAUCGGAGUUUAAUGCCAAGUGAUUUGUAUUUCAUCAAAAGCGUAAUUUGUCUUCUGUUGCUUAGCAACCAUCUUUUCAAAGAUGUGGAAGGAUAUUAGUUAUUAAUUGCAGCACAUAAUUGUUAUUUUCACUCAGUGUUGCAUAUGGAUAUCUUAUAUCGUUUUAAUGUUAAGGCCUUUUCAAUUCACAAUAGGUUCUCCAAUACUGCUUCUCCAUCUUCGCGGCUAGAUAAAUCUUUGUCACCGAUCACCGCAUAUAUGAUUAGUUUUAAUACGGGAAAAUUAUGAACAAUGUGUAUCAACAAAGUGACUCGCACAGAAUCAUCGACACCUGUGUAUUUCGAUUUAUAACAUUGAAAUUUAUAUGGUGUUCAACCCUUACAUUUUACUCAAAGAGAAAACAAGUGAAAUAUUAUUUUGUAAGACGUGGUUACUAAAUAUAAGGACAAUGAACUGGCAACUUGCAUUUACUGACAUUGCGACCCUCUCACAUCCAACUCUAUUAUCAUUUUUCUUGUAG